AUGCUGGUGGGCGACUCGGGGGUCGGCAAAACCUGCUUGCUGGUGCGGUUCAAAGACGGCGCUUUCCUUGCCGGCAGCUUCAUUUCCACCGUUGGAAUCGACUUCAGGGUAAGUGUCGUGGCUGACCCCCCGCUCCCAUCUGCCUUCCAGAUCUGGGACACGGCCGGGCAGGCGUUCCGCAGCGUCACCCACGCCUACUACCGGGACGCCCACGCCCUGCUCCUGCUCUACGAUGUCACCAACAAAGCGUCGUUUGACAACAUCCAGGCUUGGCUGACAGAGAUUCAUGAAUACGCACAGCAGGACGUGGUCCUCAUGUUACUGGGAAACAAGGUGGAUUCAGCCCAGGACAGAGUGGUGAAAAGGGAAGAUGGAGAAAAAUUAGCCAAGGAGUACGGCGUGCCCUUUAUGGAGACCAGCGCAAAAAGUGGCCUCAAUGUUGAAUUAGCGUUCACAGCCAUUGCAAAGGAACUGAAGCACAGGUCCGUGAAGCUGCCCAACGAGCCCAAAUUCAAGCUCCACGACUACGUGAAGAAGGAAGUGAGAGGCUCGGGCUGCUGCAGGUCCUAA